GGCGCCCACGGGACGACGGGGACCCCGCGCACCUGAGCGUCGGCGGCUCGGCCUGGCACCCCGGCCUGGGCGUCCAGCGUCCGGCCAUGACGGCGCACUCCUUCGCCCUCCCGGUCAUCAUCUUCACCACGUUCUGGGGCCUCAUCGGCAUCGCCGGGCCCUGGUUCGUGCCGAAAGGACCCAACCGCGGAGUCAUCAUCACCAUGCUAGUGGCCACGGCUGUCUGCUGUUACCUCUUCUGGCUCAUCACCAUCCUGGCUCAGCUGAACCCCCUCUUUGGGCCGCAGCUGAAGAAUGAGACCAUCUGGUACGUGCGCUUCCUGUGGGAGUGACCGCUGCCGCUUCAGGCCCAGGUGCCCCAGCUCUCUGGAUGACGUUGGCUGUACUGUCCCUGACGACGCCUUUGUCCCCACCCUCACAGCUGUGUCUGAGUCCCCCCAUCCUCCCUACCCCAGGAUCUGCCUGGUUUCGGGAGCCCCUGCCUUCUGCAUCCAGUCUGGGCCUUGGGAAGCCCCAGGCUCAGUGUCAGGCUCAACAGAAGAUACCGGCCCUCGAACACCCCCUGCCCCUCCCAAGUCGAUCCCUGCUAGGAGCUGACGGGGGUGGGACCUGCCUUUCACAAAUGUGAAAUCCUGGCAGCCCCAGGAAGGUCAUGUGUCCUGUGGAGAAGGGGGGUCCAGUCCAGGAUGCUCCAAGCCUGGGGGGCGGGACCAGAGAGGAAGCCCUGGGUGGGGAGCCAGCUGGCUCUCCUCAGCUCUGCCACCGUCCUGCCCUGCGACCCCGGGAAGCAUCAUCCCUGCCUCCAUGGGCCUCCUCGCCUGUGAGAUGGAGAGGCCCGAGCAGGGUGCCCCGCGGCUCUUCCCGGGGAUUCUGUAAUCUGCCGACACACAUAGAUAUGAAAUUCCUAAGAAAGUUGAAGUAAUGGAAAAACAGUCACACACACACAACAACAUAGGAAUUUAGGUCCGGAUUGAAAGCUGUAUGUUUAUUUAGCAUUCUCUGUGGUUGUAAAGUCACACGGGCUUGCUCAGAAAGCUGCAUCUCCUUAGAAUAUCCCGUUCCACCUUCCUUCCCUAUCUUGGGCCCUCCUCUGUGGACAAGCUCCCAGCGGCCCGGAGGGCUCAACCUGGGCGUGGGCCUGGGACUGGAUUCCGCCCUCUGCAGUGGGGUGGGCUUCAGAGCCCCCCUCAGAGUAGCAGCCAGGUCACCUGGAGUUAGGGAGGAGGAAGAGAGGUACGUGCGGGUGAGGUUUGGGCAGCACAUCAGCUCCUGCCCUGGGAUGGUGACAAGCACCUGGCCUGAGGAGACCUGGAAGGCCGCAUGUCCAAGAAUCAGAUCAGAGGGGACCCAGGACCCCUGCCCAGAACACCCCCCCCCCGCCCAGGAGAGCUGAGGCUGAGACCUCAGGCAUUUGCCCACGUCCCAGAGCUAACUGGGGUCCCCCGCUCUGCCACAUUGCCUCCCCGGGGAAGGAUGCCAAUCUCCAAUAUUUGUUGAGUAUUUAUUUACCAUGCUAUUUAGCGGGCAUUGUCUUUGGAACGGUGGUAGAAUGUGCUACGUCUCACCUAGGUUUCUUGGUUCUGGGCUUGGCCUGUUGCUCAGAGCUCCCGAGUGGGGCUUCCCUUCGACAUCCCAGCUCACCAACCCCCUGGCACACUCCCUUCCUGUCCUGACCCUCUGUGGCCCUCCUGGGGAGGGGUCAGUGGCGUGUGGAUUGUACCGCAAACCUGAUCCAUAACUAAUGGGCAGCGGCUGUCACCCCCUGUCCGCCCAGUUCCCGUGUGCUCGGUGGAUCUGGGGCACCGGAGAGGAGACUUGGAGCUGCAGUUCUGGAUCGUGGACUCUGAAAACUGCAUUUUCCCGAGGCCGGAAGGAGAGUACAGCUGUCCCAGGUCCUGCCCGCAAGCAGUUCUGGUGGGAGAAGGAAGACGAGAUUGUUCGGGGGGAAGUCUGACCGGCCUCCUCUGUGCCCGGGUGCGGAGUGCACAGCUGCUGAGGGUGAGCAAUAAAGCAGGUCCCCCAAGUCU